UCUCAGAUGCAUCCGAUGUGGAUAUUCAAACGCAGCAUAAACAUAUUCGUUUUUCAUUUAAAAAUCGAUAUUUAAUUCGAUUUACAUAUCCACCCACAAAAUGUCUCACCAUAAAAGUACCCAACCAAAGUACCAUUAGUCACUACCACCCAGACCUAAAGUAAACAACAAGGUUGCAUGUUACAUUUUUAAAUUAAUCCAGUAAUUGAGUAAUUUAAUUUACUUACAUAUAUUUAUUCAUUACAAACGUUAAAUAAUAUAAAAACACAGUUUGAGAGCAGUUAUUUUACAGUACAAUGUAAACAAUAUACCAAUCCUAUUUUUCAACAGGUAGGUUGAAAAUAAAAGCAGAAACCACACGCACUAUUCGCCUACAUUAUAGAUAUUGCGCACAUUGGGUUAAAUAAAUCUAAUAAAAUCAAGUGUUUUUUUAUGACCCAUUGUGUUUACAUUAUACUAUACAAGAUCAAUAAAGUGUGUUGUAAUUUAAUCUGUGAUAAGCCGGUAGGAAAAUAGAUUAUCUUUUUUCCCAAUGCCCUAUAUUAUAAUACGUGGAAACUUGGCAGCUUAUGGUCAGAGAUUUCCUUGGAGAGUGUUAGUUUCUGGCUUAAAAUCAGACGAUAUAGAACAACUAAAAAGAUUUCAAUCUGGUGGCUACUGUGAUGAUUCCACAAUAGUGUAUAUGGUGCAUCCUUGUGUUGUUUUAACAGCACUAGAAGUGUUGGGGUAUCGAGUAGUUGCAUCAUCAUCUACCAGUGUAAAGCAGGAUUACAAUGAAUACAUGUGGACAAUGAGAAAAGAAUUUUCAGAACCAGAACCUACUAUUGCUGUUGACGAGAAAAUUGUUGAACAACUUAAGUUAACACCUACAGAAGAUAUAUAACCAUGGAUAUUAAGGAUAUACCUGCUAGUGUGCUUAUGCCUUCUGGCAAUUAUGCUUACGUGGUGGUGAAAGGUUCUCUGCAUGCUACUGAUAGUGCUGUAUUUGGUUUAAAUGAUGUAGAAACUAGAGCAUUACGUAAAAAAUAUUCCUAUACACAAAAUGAAGCAAGAGAAGUUAUAAAUGGAGUUAUGUUAAGAGCACCUCCUGUUGAAGUUGUGAAUGCUUUAGGUCAGUUGGGAUAUAAAGUUGUCGCAACCACUGGAGAGGCUGAAGUUAUUUGGACUAUGCAAAGGGAGGUGUAAUUUUUUUUUUGCCAGAAUCAUUUGAUGCAGAUCUUAGUUUCCAUUUGUAGUGCGUUGGAAGUUUAGUUAUAAAAAAAUAGUAUAUGUGAGAUUGAAAGUGUAUUAUGAUAAGCUUUUUUAAUAUUGAUUUUACAGAAAAUGUCUAUUUUAUUAUAAAUCUGAUUUAAAAUUGAAAAUUAUUUUUAUGAAUUCAGGAAUAAUAUUUUAAACUAUUCCUUGUGAUUUACUGUAACUUAAACAUAUUAGGUAGUUGCAAUAAUUUUAAACAAAAGUAUAUAAUAUUUACUUAUACUUUAUAGCCUUUUUUAACAAAAAUUUAGUUAUUUUUUUACCCAAUUUAUAUAGAUAUAUCUUUAUAAAAAAGAAUUCAGUUCAUUAUUGUGUACUUUUAAUGAGUAAUUAAAAUGUGUUUCAAUGUAUCUAUUUUUAAAUGUUCAGCUACUUAAAACUGUUAAUGUUGUUAACAAAUAAAUUAAUUUUUAUGAGGGAUCAUCUAAAAUUGUAUAAGUAUUCAUAUUUUUUAAAAUAGGUAAUUUCUUUUUUAUAGUGUUUAAUUUUGUUAUGUAUAUUUCAUAAAAAGUACUACUUUAGGUUAUUUAAAUAAUUUUAAUUCCACUUUUAAAUUUCAAAUAUCUUAUGCUUAGCUUACUAUACUGUAGUAUAACAUACAGUGUUAUACAUUGUUAUACUAUAGAUAACAUAACUUCAAUAUCAGAUUAAUCUUCAGAAUUACUUCCUUACAUAAAUAUACAAGCAUUUUCAAAAAUUAUUGUUAAUCCCAAUGACA